GUCCUCGUCCGCUUCAGAGGGCAGGUUUCACACAAAAGAGGACGCAUCUGAAAGAGUGCGCUUUCUCUUUACAGGAACAUCUCGUCCUGCUCCUGUGUUAGAUGCCUCUUGUUGUUUCAGCUCGGAAUGCAGCGGCAGGUCCGAGGAACUGGAAUACGCGGAUUUUAGCAGGUGCCUUGAGAAGUCUUGGAGUAACGCAUCCUUCAGUUUCAGUGGAAAAUGCUUGCACGAUCUUUACUCGUGGACUUUUUGUUCAUCUGCACCGCGCGCACAUGAAGGAGGUGAUGAAGAUGAGGAUGAAGAGCGCCGUGCUGUGAUUUGUCCCGCUUGCGCGCGCCGCGCGGGUUCCUCCUGCGAGUCUCGAGCAUGCAGCGCUUCCGGCAGCGGCUCCGGGUUCUGAUGCUCUUUCUGGGAUUUCUGCACGGCGUGACAGCCUCUAGAUGUGUGGGCCACGCCUGCAGCCCUCCUGUGGGCAACUUGGCCAGUGGCAGGAUUCUUCACACACAGUCAACCUGCUGCUCCAACAGCUCGCUGAUGGUAGACGACCCUUUUCUCCACCCGGACACGUGGUGGGAGUCGGGAGCCGCAGCAGCUGGAGAGGACGAAAUCCGCCUGGACUUGGAGGACCGUUUCUGCUUGACCCAUGUGGUGCUGGUGUUCCGCUCGGCGCGUCCUGCUGCCAUGAGCCUAGAGCGCUCGCAGGACUUUGGACGAACCUGGGAGACACUGAAGGUGUUCGCUGAGAACUGCAGCUCUGCCUUCGGCCUCCCUGAUGAUGUCAGUCAGCAGGAGGCACUUUGCACGUCCAGAUACUCCGGUGCCACGCCGUGUACUGGGGGAGAGGUGAUUUUCCGAUCCAUGGCUCAGGGCAGAGGGAUGGACAACCCCUACAGUGCCGAAGCCUUGUCCAUACUGACCCUGACUAACCUGCGCAUUCGCCUCCUGAAACCCCAUCACUGUCCUGCUUCCCCUUUCACCGCCUCUAGGGGGCAGCGCAAUGCUCCACAAAAAGCACUCAACCUCCUGGUCCUACCCACGGUUCCCGGACGGACACUGCAUAACUCCACACACUCCGAUUCUGCUCCUCCUUACGCCAUCUUCUCGCUCCUGGCACGAGGGACAUGUCUGUGUCAUGGACAUGCGGAGCAGUGCCUUCCUACUGGAGGACAGGACGGCCUUCUACAGAGCAGCGGGGUGGUGCAAGGCAGGUGUGUGUGCACUCACCACACAGCAGGCGUUCACUGUGAGAAAUGCUCUCCUCUCUACAACGAUCGGCCCUGGAGGGCAGCCAACGGCAGCAGCGGAGAACCGAACCCCUGUCAGAAGUGUGAAUGUCAUGGCCAUGCAGAGAGCUGCCACUUCUCCAGGCGAGUGUGGCAAUCCACGGGCGGCACCAGCGGAGGCAUGUGCGAUGACUGCCGGCACAACACGGCGGGCCGGAGGUGCCAACGCUGUCGCCCUGGAUACCGACGCCACCCCGCUCGACCCCUCGACUCGCCUCAAGCCUGCAUACGUUGUUGGUGCGACCCGGUCGGCUCUGUGCCGGUCAGGACCAGCGAGGAGGCGGUCUGGUGUCACCCCAGGAGCGGGCAGUGCCACUGUAAGCCUGGUGUCGGGGGGAUGAGCUGUAAUCACUGUCUCCCUGGACACUGGGGCUUUGGACAAGAGGGCUGCAGACCCUGCACCUGCUCUCUGACUUGUGACCCUGUUACAGGUCACUGCUUAGGAAGCAAAACCAACAGAGAAUUUUACAACGUUCCCCUCGGAGGUAAAAUUCCUGAUCUGACUCACUUCCACACGCAUGAGGAGACCAAGUCGUGGUCCAACGAGCUCACCGUCUCUGCCCUGUACCACACAGGGAAGUGUACCUGCAAGGAAAGGAAGGUGAAGAGUGUAUCUGAUCUGUGCAGGAUGAAACAUUCUUAUGUGAUCAAAGCCAGCGUGCUGUCAGCUCACGAUAAAGGCACACAUGCGGUGGUGCAGGUGAAGGUGAGGAAGGUGCUGCGCUCAGGCAUGGUGCUGCUGUCUCAGGGCACACACAGCCUGUACCCGCUGUCCUGGACCAGCCGAGGCUGCACCUGCCCUGUCCUCAACCCAGGAACAGAGUACCUGCUGGCGGGUGCAGAGGAGGCGGAAUCUGGGCGUUUGCUGGUCACCAUGCGGAGCCUGGUAGUGCCGUGGACGAACACGCUCGGCUUUCUGGUCUCCGAGGCUCUGCGGCAAGGAUGCUUAUGAGAAGAACGUUCUGGAAAGAUACACAGGACUCUGAAAACUCUGAAAAAGUCUUCAGACUCUAAAACACAGCAGGUUUCCUAAACCACGAGAUGUGAACAGAACUGUACUGAACUCCCACAGUCGUGAUUCACCCUGAUACACGGCUCAGGACGGCUGUUUUUAUUGCUUCCACGAAUUAUUACAGUAGUACCAGUGAUCCAUUUAAACAACUGUCCAUUCUGAUAGCACAUUUGUUGUUGUUUUUGAUACCAUUUGAUUGAUUUUCCUUCUGUCAAUGUUAAAUAGUCUAUUUUUGUAAACGUUUAAUAAAAAAAGGACGAAACUCACAUACACUAGCGAAAGUCUGCCUUUCCAUGUACAUGAAAUGUAAUAUGGAGUUUGCAGCUAGAACAGCUUCAACUCUUCUGGGAAGGCUUUCCACAAGGUUUAGGAGUGUGUUUAUGGGAAUUUUUGACCAUUCAUCUAGAAGCGCAUUUAUGAGGUC